AUGGAUACCUGGCAAUCGAAGCAUCCGGAAGAUUGGAAUAACAGUGACAUCCUGGAUUGGAUUUAUUUCACUGCGGGUUUGAAAAACAUUCAACUACCUUCACUGAGAGGGGAAAAUUUUCAAGGAAUGACUGGAAAAGAGUUCUGCAAAAUGACGAGUGAAGAUUUCAAAUCAAAAGAUAGCAAUUUUGGGGAGAAGCUAACAACAAGCAACAAAACAACAAAUACUGCAACCGGAAACAACAACACAACAAAAUCCACGUGGAAAGGACUGCUCCCGAAUUCUUAUGCUAGCCCAAAUCAAGCUGUUUCUCAUCCAGUUUUCAUAAACACUCCAUUCAAUUUUCAAAAAUAUCGACCACAACAACAACAUCAACAACCUCCGCUUAAUAUAGCGCCAAACGUUCUCCAGCCAAUAAAACAAGAAUCUCAAGUGUUAUCCAAUGAACAGCCAUCAGGGAUUUAUUUGAAAUAUUCGAAGUUAAGUGAUUUUACUCUGUUAAUUCUCAAUCAAAUAUAUCCUGAAACAACUGUUUAUUCUGUUGCAGCAACAGACAAAACAUCAGUACCGUUGACAGAGUUGACUGCUUCUUCUUCUUGCAGACCGGCUGCACAACUUGUCUUUCCAUCAUUAAUAGCGCCAAUUGGCUACAAUUUUUCAUUGGCCCAACAUCAACGACAAUUUCCAUUUUCUUUCAAAAACAAUCUGUACCAAUAUGUUAUACAACAAGCGUUGUUGCAGCAACAACAACAACUUCAGCAACUACAGUUGCAGAUACAACAACAAACACAGCAACAACAACUACAACAACAUAACCUCCACAAAGAAAGACAACAAAAUCCACAACUGUUUCUUCCGACAACUCAAUGCGAUCCUUGUAGGAUUGUUGAAACGAAAACAAUUAAAAAACUCCUCGCUUCAAAUGAAGUCAAAGAAACUGAAAAGAUGAAAAAGGUUAAAGAAGUUGAAGAGGUGAAAGUUGCACUCAUCCCAUCGACAGUCAUGGAAUCAAACUUGUUGGACUCCAGUGAUGAAGAAGAUGAUCCUUUCGACCAAACGAAAACGAAGAACUUUCAACCAAUUCAGCCAAAUAUUAACCUCAAAGAAGAUGCUCAAGCAAAACAUUUUAAGGUAAAAAGUCUUAACAAAUUAAAAGUGUGCCCUGUCACCACAAAAAAACGGAAAAGAGAAGAUGACUGCGAUGAGGACAAAGAAAAAAUUACAGCUAACAAUUGUCACAAUGAAAACGACAGCAGCGUUGUAACCAGUAUAUCUUCAAAAGUUUCCAAAGCAAAGGCCAACAAAAUAAUUUCGGAUGAUGACCAAGCUGAACAAAAGAGUGUGAAGAAGAAACAUACUUCAAGUGUUCUCAGCUCAGAAAACUCCACAGAUAUUGGCAAGGUUAUACAGUCAUUUCCACCAAAUCAACCCUACACAGUAUCUAUCUUCCAAUCAAACCAAACAUCAUUGAGCUUUUUUCACACCUGCCUCAACAAAUACUCAUCUGAGCUACACAUACAAACAUUCACACAAAUUUAUUAA